AUGCGUCUAGCUGCCUGCAGGCAGGACAUUGUCAUCUGGGAAAGCUACGAAGAGUCGACCUGCUCGGCACCCAUCCCGCCCUCACAGCUCACUCUUCGCCCCAGAUACAUUUCCUCCUCCGGGCCGGAAAACCCUUCGGGUUUCCACCCAACUCACAGUUCCAUCGUUAAGCUCGUCGCCCCGUUUCCCUCCGAGAAACAAAGCGUUCGAAACACAUGGGUCAAUGUUUUAGCCAACUGCCUUAGGUGGCGACGAGAGGUGGGUCUAUCAAAGUUGCGAUUAAACUUUCAGCAACGCUUUCCCGGAGUUUGCAUUUCGUUCGUGUACGAGCGGCUCAACGAUUUAUGUGUUUUGACAUUCGCGUAUGCCAUCCGCGAUGUCGAGCUUUCUGUCAUCGGUGGCGACUCGUGGUUGAUAGCGCCUGUAUCUUUGUCAGAAGUAGCUAAGGAGGAGUCUUUGGUUGCUCCAAACCAGACUGGAUUGCUUCCUGGCGAGACAUCGACGGGAGACCUUUAUCCCGAUGACCACAGAGGAGAGUGGCCUGUGGCUCUCAUGACGACGGUGUACCUGAAAAUGCUACAAGCACGUCUUCCCAAAGUGGUCAGUUGGAAGAGGCUGACGCUUAACACCCUCGUCUCACCAGGAGAAAUAAGAUCGUCAUGGAAGCCCACCCAGUGA